GUGUGGAAAAGACGUAUACACCAGGUGUACUAGUACACGUGUCAUUGUAGGGUGAUAGCCGACCUCAUAUACGCUGUACGGGGAGAUUAUUUCCUCAGUAUGUUGUAGGCAGUGCUGGAGGUGACGUGACGAUGGCGGAGCCAAGUGCAAAACGAUCUAGGCAGCCCAGACAUAUAGCUAGACAGCCCACCUCGAGUGCCGUGCGUGGGUUUUUGAAAAAGUUUUCUUUGCCAGGUUCAGGCACUGAUCCUCUCGUCUUUUUCAGCAGCCAUCAUGACGAGCUCCGACAGGUUCUGCUCGAGGAGCUUCAGUCUCACCCUUUCAAGGUGGUUUUAGUUUUGAGGGUGGAGAUGACACGAGAGUCGGCCACGGGUAGUACGUCUGCCGUCCCGUUUUUUAGAAGUAGACCGGCUCGGAUCCUCAGCGAAGGGGACAUUGAUAGUGCAGUCAAGACGAUGGUGGCGAGGAUCACUGGUCUUAUUGAUAAGUGGAUGCAGAACGGAUCCAACUGGACCGUUUCUCGAGUGAGACAGCUGGAUGUGUCGACAGCAAAGUACACUCCUCUUCGAGGUGGUGCAGCUGCUAUCCCGCCGAAAUUAGAAAAAAAGAAGGCCAUCAUUAACGUAAAGAACAACGAUGACAGGUGUUUGAUGUGGGCGUUGUUGUCAGCGCUGCACCCCGUCGAACAGAAUGCUGAGCGUGCAUCCAAGUACACCCAGUAUGUUGAUGAGCUGCGGUUCGAUGGUGUGAUGUUCCCUGCAACGCUCCGUGAUGUACCCAAAGUGGAGUUACAGAAUGGUCUUGCAAUCAAUGUGUUUGGCUACGAGUGGAAUCUGUACCCACUCUAUCUCAGCGAGCGACAGGAGACUCCAAUCAACCUCCUUCUUCAUGACAACCACUUCACAUGGAUAAAAAACUUCAGUCGUGCAUGUGAGAAUAAGAACAAGCGGGCAACACACUACUGCUUGCGAUGCCUCUCCGCACACAAAACAGCAGACUCCCUGCAGCAUCACAGCGAGAGAUGUCAGGUGAUGAAGCCCGUGCCAGUCGUCAUGCCCACAGCAAAGGACAGAAUCCUCAAAUAUACAAAUUUGAAGCACAGGAUGGUGGCUCCAUAUAUCAUUUACGCUGAUACGGAGGCCAUCAUUGAGCCGAUGGAGGAACAGCAUGGCAGCAGCACUGUACGCACAGCCCGUCAUGUACCAUGCAGCAUCAGAUAUGCUGCCAUCCGAUCCAACGGUGAAGUCCGUGGCGAGUUUGACGACUGCAGUGAGAAUGCCAUUCACAACUUUUUCGACAGUCUCAAAGAGUUGGAAGGCAGUAUCCAGGAGGAUUUGGCUGAUAUCAAGCCAAUUCGCAUGACGGCAGAACUGGAGCUUGAGUUUCAGAACGCAGUCAACUGCUGGAUAUGUGAUGAAGUACUUGGAGAAGAUCGUGUUCGUGAUCAUGAUCAUCUCACUGGCAACUACCGCGGUGCUGCACACUACCAGUGUAAUAUUCAGCUAAGUAUCUACCCAGAUCGCCAGAUCAUUCCGGUUGUGUUUCACAACCUGAAAGGGUACGAUGCUCACCACCUCAUCGCCCACAUUGGUAUGACUGAGGUUGAAGAGGUGGAGUACGAGGACUCUAACCAGCGUAAGCGGAUUAAGAAGGUUGGUGAGAUCAGUGUCAUCGCCAACAACAUGGAGAAAUAUAUUUCAUUCAAGUGGCGUCAGUACCACUUCAUCGACUCCAUGGCCUUCUUGAACUCCUCUCUUGACUCGUUGGUGAGCAACACGGAAGAUGCGCUCAAGCUUACUCGUACAUUGGCCCAUCAUGACCUUCUCCUGCGUAAGGGUGUCUACCCCUACGAGUACAUGGACUCCUUUGCUCGGUUUGAUGAGACACAGCUGCCACCUAAAUCAGCAUUUGAGUCUAGUUUGACUGGAGAAGGUAUCAGUGAUGCCGACUAUGCCCAUGCUCAGAACGUAUGGCAGGAUAUGCAUGGGAUGCUCUACUACGGUUCACCCAGAUUGAACUGCAGCUGCUCACGGAUGUAG